AUGGCAUCCCCAGUAGUCUCCAGCCUGCUCCUCGUCGGGAUCUUCUCUCUGGCCUUCGUCCAGGUGGCCCGGGCGGAAUGCUGCACCUCCCGGGAGCUGUUGGAGUUCAAGAUGGACAGAGGCGACUGCGCGGCUGUGCGAGCAAUUGAAAACUAUCCCCACGGCUGCGAAGUGACGAUCUGCGCCGAUGGAGUCGCCCAAUUGGGCGCCUACUGCGGCAAGGGACCGUGCAACAUCUUCGGCUGCAACUGCGACGGCGGCUGCCUGACGGGCGAUUGGUCGCAGGACUUUGUGAGGAGGAACCGGGACUACGGAAUACAGAUCAUUAAAGUCACCAGGAUGCCAUUGUAGCCCCUUCUUCGGCCAUA